AGGUUUGACAAGUGGUGCUCAAUAAAUGGAUCGAAUUCUGGUUGGAGACUAGACAUGGAGUCUCUGAAAUUGUUGCUUCAUCCUUGAUCAGUGAUGGCAGAGGAAACUAUUAUUGACCAGGAUAUGCCUGAGACUAUUGAGCCUGAAAAUGCUGAUAAGAUAGCAAAUCCUAAUGAGGGAUUAGCCAAGUCCAAGACAAUUGAGCCUGAAGAUGUUGAUGAGAAAGCAAAUCCUAAUGAGGGAUUAGCUAAGUAUGAGACAAUUGAGACUGAAGAUGUUGAUGAGAAAGCAAAUCCUAAUGAGAGAUUAACUAUAACAAAAGGUCCACCUAAGAUUCUUUCGCGUUAUCUUAGUGGUCCAAAGGGUUCCUGCCAUGAUUUAUGCAAAUAUGGCAUUCAACAUGCUGUUGAAGCUAAACCAUGGAGUAGACCAAAUAAAUGGGUUGCCAAAAGGGAAAGGAAAACCAAAGUUCCAGACGAAAAUGUAACUUCUUUGGCAGUGACAAAGAAACCAGGAAGCAGUUCAAAGCCUUCUCUAACUUCAAAAAUUGUAAAGCCCAAUUGUCCUGUUGACAUCAAGGAAGUAACAGAUGAAAAAACAGCCACUUCAGAGAAAAAUUCACCACCUUUUGAAGAAACAGAUGUUUCCAUGGAACAUUAUAGCAGAAACCUAAGCCAAGCAAGUGAGCCAUCUUCUCUCCCAGUGCAGGAAUGUUCCAAAAGUCAAACAAAAAGGGGAAUAGCCAAACACAAAAGUCCUUUAGGUUCAUGCAGCAGAAAGGAAACUGAAAGCAGAAGCAAACAGGCAAGGACAUCUUCAACUGGAGGCAAGGAAAAAUCACUGCCACCAAGUAUUCCCUUGCCUUCAAAAAAUAAUGUCAAGAAACCUUCAAGCUCAAGUGCUAAGACUGCCAAGAACUUAACAGGUGUGUCUUCUCUGAAAAAUCAUGAGAAUGUUGAAGAAGCUAAACCUGAACUAGCCAGCAAUGACACUUCUCCAGACAAAAUUUUGCACAUCAUUGAACCUACAUCCGCAAAUUUAUCUGAGGAAACUACUGUGGCUUGUGAUGCAACUAAGUUGUCUUCACCCUCACCUUCAUCAUCAAGGGACAAAAGCUUGAAAAAGACCAAUAAGAAAACUGGCAAGUCUGUGGUGUCUGCAUCUUCAAGGAAAGGCCUUAGACAUGCUGGGAACAAUGGCAAGUCUGUGGCACUCUCUCAUCUAUCCUCAGGGAACACAGGCAAGACAAAUAUGCAGCAUAAAGUGCGUAGUGCUUCACCAUCAUCAUCUAUUUCCCCAUCCAACUCUUCCAUUGGAAAAAAAAAUGGUGCUACUUCUAAGUCCAACAAUAAAGGACAAGGUGAAAAUGUGAAAGUGGGGUACAAAAUCAGGCCAAAAAGGAGUGCAAUAGUUGGGGUAGCAAAUAAAGCUAUUCCAGCCUGGAAGUUAACUUUUAGGAGAGGAAAGGUGAUUGAAAUUCAGCCUCAAAGCAACAAUGUUCCAAGGAGACUCAAAUUCAAGUCAGCACGCUUGCUUGGUAAUGACAUCCGGAGAGAUAUAAAUGGUACUAGAAAUAGGAUCAUUAAGAGUAAAGAAGUUGAUGAUGGUGAGUUAAAUGCUGCGAAUAUCAAAUCUGAGAAAGUUUUUGUUCCCAACCUCCAAAUUGUGGAAGGAAGUAAAAGGAGAAACGUUGGGAGGAAAGUUGGUGGAGAUAGAAGUAAAAUAGAUGGCUCAAAAUCAAUACCUGAUGAGAAAGUGGUUUUGAGGCAUCAAAAUGUGGAAGGGAAGAAACAAAACCCACGUUUGUAUAAUAAUGUGAUUGAAGAGACUGCAAGCAUGCUUGCUGAGCUAAGGAAGAGCAAGGUUAAGGCUCUAGUUGGUGCAUUUGAAACAGUGAUAUCUCUUGAUUCUCCUCGAGAGGCCACACCCUCCGAAGUAAGCACACCUUGUUAAGUUACCUCAGGUUUGUUAUGUGUUCAACAACAUAUAACCGUGUUAUGUAUAGAUUGAUAACUGUGUUAUAUAUGGGAGAAAAACACAAAAAAGAUGUGUUUCUGAUAGUGACUUUGGUCAUAAGCUUUGGCCUUUGUG